UUCCAUUCGUCAUUGGUCGCACUCAAGGUCUAACCGAAUUGCAAUACACACAGUUUUGGAGUUUUCCACCAACUUUGGACUUGAGCUAUAACAUGCUCAUUGGACAAGUAUGGCCAGAAUUUGGGAACUUGAAGAAACUCCAUUUGUUGAUACUGAAGUCAAAUCAUCUCCAAGGAUCUAUUCCUCCUGAAUUGUGUGGCAUGACAAGCUUGGAGGUGUUGGAUCUGUCUCACAAUAACCUAUCAGGAAGCAUACCUUAUUCAUUGACAUCCCUAAGCUUUUUAUCACAGUUUAAUGCAGCAUACAACAACUUGGUUGGAAACAUCCCUUUAGGCGGUCAAUUUUCGACCUUCCCUUGUUCGAGUAUUGAGGGAAACCUUGAUCUCCAAGCUCCCGGUUGUAAUCCUCUUCCUACUUCUCCAAAGGAAACUUCUACUUCAGGUGAUGACCCAAAAGAAAGUAAGAUGACAAUUUUCGGGCUUCCAUUUGCAGUUGGAAUAGCAACAGGUUUUAGUGUCACUGUAUUGGUUUGCUUCAUGUCUGGAAUGCUGAUCCCAGAGGUUAAGCUUGGAAUACAAAGCAGAUGA